CGCCUCGCCUUCUGCACAGCUCACCUUUAAACCAGAGCUUCUUCAAGUGGAACAAAGGACACAUUGGGAUACAUUUUAUCAGCCGUGCGACUAAAACUGGAUUAACACACUGACUUUACGGUCUAUACUACGGGGAGAAGGUUGUCAAAUAGUAUCAUUCGUGCCCUCAACUUCUCCAAAACGCGGACCCAACACCUGGACACACCUGUCUCCUCCGCUGUGUGGCAAACAUCUAACAUCUCCACGGUUGUUGGUGUCUUUUCUCACCGAUUCAGUGAGCCCUGCACUACAGGUUCAGGGUGGACACCGGACAGAGCAAGUAGGAUGGCUCCAGACAACUUUUUAAGGACACAUUUCUGACGCCCUGGGGCAAGUUUUUCUGAUUAAAUCUAGCUCGUAUUCAGCCACGAUGAAUACAGAUGACGAUCCGUGCCACAGCAAGCACCACAUCGACGGCAUCAAGAGCCCGCUGAUCAGCGCCACCAUGUUCGCCGCGGGCAUCUUCGGAAACGUGGCUGCCCUGGUGAUACUGGAGAUCCGAAGACGAAGGGCCAUGAGGUCCGGGGAGGGUUGGCGGCGCUCGUUGUUUCACGUCCUAAUCACAGCGCUGGUGGUCACGGACCUGGCGGGGACCUGCCUCAUCAGCCCGCUGGUGCAGCUGUCGUAUGCGCGCAACACCACCCUGAUGGGGAUGUCGCCUGAGUCUCACAGCGUUUGCUCGUACUUUGGAAUCAGCAUGACCUUCUUCAGCCUGGCCACCAUGUCGCUCCUCUUCUCUAUGGCUCUAGAAAGGUGCUUCGCUAUUGGGUACCCCUUCCUGUACAGCCGGCACGUCACCAAGAAAUGUGCCUACAUAUCAAUCCCAGUGGUGUUUUCGCUAUGUAUUUUAUUCUGCCUCCUGCCUUUCGCUGGGUUCGGUGAAUAUGUACAAUACUGCCCCGGCACGUGGUGCUUCAUCGACAUGAACCCUAAGAAACCGAAGGACCGGGCCUAUGCUAAGCUGUACGCCACCCUGAUGCUGGUGCUGGUGCUAGCUAUAGUGGCAUGCAAUGGGUUCGUGGUGUACCAACUGUUCAGGAUGUACCAGCGGAGGAGGAGGAGUGGAGGGUCUGUGAUGGGCACCACAAGAUCCAACGGCGAACGCAAGGCCAUGUCCAUGGCGGAGGAGGUGGAGCAUCUCAUCCUGCUGGUCUUCAUGACCAUCAUCUUCAUCAUCUGCACACUGCCCCUGGUGGUAAGAUGACAGCACAUGCAUGCUUUUACACGUUCAUCAUAA